GCAGCAGUCGCUCCCGCUGCGUGCCGCCGCCUCGACGUGCGCGUAGCCGCUGUUCUGUCGCGACCGUUAGCAGUAGCAGAGUGAAUGCGGCGCUACGACACAAUGUCAGUGCCGGUUACGUGUUACGUGAGAAGUCACAAUACCACAUCAAAACCCGAGUUUAAGAGCGCUUUCUUUUUCCAGACACGGGCUUGUUAGAUACGCCGUUUGAUCGAGGGUGAUGGAUGGGCUGGCUUACUGAGAGACGUCUGGUUUACUCACCGUUUUCGUGGAGCCUCAGUCUAAUAUUUGAUUCACAGCUGUAUCUCCAGUCAUCUUUCUGUGUGUGGCACACUUUUGCCACUCGUAAAUCUCCAACAGAAAGUGCAUCAUUGAAGGACCGCAAACCUACCACAACACAUUUCCUAGCUAUACAUCCCGGGCUCCUCACCUCAUCCUCACCUCCCCAAGAGGGAGAGAGCUGCAGCCACCAUGGUGCUGUCACAGAGACAAAGAGAUGAACUAAAUCGUGCUAUAGCAGACUAUCUUCGCUCCAAUGGAUACGAGGAGGCCUAUUCAACUUUUAAGAAAGAGGCAGAGUUGGAUAUGAAUGAAGAGGUAGAUAAAAAGUAUGCAGGACUUUUGGAAAAGAAAUGGACCUCAGUCAUCAGAUUGCAAAAGAAGGUGAUGGAGUUAGAAUCAAAGUUGAAUGAAGCAAAAGAGGAGAUGACACAUGGAGGAUCUGUUGGUCAGAAGAGAGACCCCAAGGAGUGGAUCCCUCGUCCGCCAGAGAAAUAUGCUCUAAGUGGACAUCGUGCUCCUGUCACCCGAGUCAUAUUCCACCCAGUCUUUUCCGUCAUGGUCACUGCCUCUGAAGAUGCUACAAUCAAGGUGUGGGAUUAUGAGGCAGGAGACUUUGAGCGAACCCUGAAGGGCCACACAGACUCUGUGCAGGACAUCUCGUUUGACCAGUCUGGAAAGCUGCUGGCUUCAUGUUCAGCUGACAUGAGCAUCAAACUUUGGGACUUUCAGGGUUUUGAAUGCAUCCGAACAAUGCAUGGCCAUGAUCACAAUGUGUCAUCUGUUGCCAUCAUGCCAAAUGGUGACCACCUUGUGUCUGCCUCAAGAGACAAGACCAUUAAGAUGUGGGAAGUGGCCACUGGGUACUGCGUGAAGACAUUUACAGGCCACAGGGAGUGGGUGAGGAUGGUACGUCCUAAUCAGGAUGGCUCAUUGCUCGCCAGCUGUUCCAAUGACCAGACCGUGCGUGUCUGGGUGACUGCCUCAAAGGAGUGCAAAGCUGAGUUGCGUGAGCAUGAACAUGUUGUAGAGUGUAUCUCCUGGGCCCCUGACAGUGCACACCCUACCAUCCUGGAGGCCACAGGCUCAGAGAACAAAAAGAGUGGAAAACCAGGACCCUUCCUCCUCUCUGGGUCCAGAGACAAAACAGUUAAGAUGUGGGAUGUCAGUACUGGACUCUGUCUUAUGACUCUGGUGGGCCAUGAUAACUGGGUGCGUGGUGUGUUGGUGCAUCCUGGAGGAAGAUUUAUAGUGAGCUGUGCUGAUGACAAAACCCUGAGGGUUUGGGACUAUAAGAACAAACGCUGCAUGAAGACCCUAUGUGCUCAUGAACACUUCGUUACCUCUCUGGAUUUCCACAAGACUGCUCCCUACGUGGUGACGGGCAGCGUUGAUCAGACAGUCAAAGUUUGGGAGUGCCGCUGAGACCGCCUCCUCCUGCCUCGUCACGCCCCCACCCCCAGCUCCAAAAACAGCUCUAUAGCCCCGCCCCUUUGCUUCAGUCCUCUCCUCUCCUUACAGCCAUCCCAGCGCUCCCGCCCCCACCCAUCUAACUCCAAACCAUAGCUGACAUGACGCUUGACCUUCUCCAAGUCCUCAAUGCUCCCUUCUCCUCAACUCCUGCGCAACAUUGUUCCUGCCCUAUUAAGAUGACUAUUGUUUUUUUGUUUUUUAAAUGUAAAUUAUUCUGGAUGUAGGGUACGCUUAAUAAAUGUCACGCAGUCUCUGACACAUACACACUCAAAAGAAAAGUAUUCAUUGCAUGGUAAACAAACAGAAAAGUUUAAUUUUAAAAUAGCUCAAUUCGCGUACUGUUUGCUUGACUUCCUGUUUGGUCAGAAGGCGAAUAUGUGCUGAGCAGGUGGAUUCCACAUAAGUGACGGUGGACAAAAAUCAAUGGUACCCCUUGUUUGGGGGGGUGUUAGAUGUUUUGAUUUACUCCAUGCCUCCAAGUUUGUGGUCUGUUGCUGUGCGGACGGUGAAAGGGAAGGUAUAUGCAAAGAAAGGGCAGAAGAUGCAGGAUACAGGGCCCCUCCCCAAGUGAAUCACACACAAGGUUCUGUGAGUUAGUCUGUGUGUGUAUACACUGUGUGUGUCUGUAUAAUAUGACAGGAGAAUCUCUGCACAAUAGUCAGACGGUGCAGAAGCUUCUCACCCUCUGUCCAUUUAUAGUACUUCAUGUCUUUUAACAGCUCGCUUCGUUGUAGAUACUCACAGGACCUUAAUGAUCUGUAAGCUGCUGAGAGCACGGGCACACUCCCCAAAGAAAGUUUGUGUUGCCCCAGAGAACCGCCUGGCGCCCUCCUGCUCGCCACCUCUGCCUUGUUCACCCAGUGAGGGUUCCUUCACACAGGAAUUUCAUCCUUUGUGAUUUCACUGCUCUUUACACAGUCACGAAUGCACAUACACGCACAGUAACGGUUGUGUAUCAGUGUAACUGGAUGUCAUUGUUUGCAACAUAAUGAAAUAAAAUUCUGUAAAUAUACA